AUGGCGAGAAUUUUUACCCGGAACCAGUCCGUCCAACCGAUUUGGAGCCACCACUGCAUUCCACAUUUACAUGGAAUAUCCCGCUUCAAGGAACCAACUCAUUCCAUUCCACCACCUCAACCAAGCACCUCAACCAGACACACCCUUAUUCUUUCUUUGUUUAGGCUUCCCACUGGUAAUACACAACAGGUGAAAGAUGAAUUUAAGCCAGCAUCUAUUAACAAGACUCAAGUUGGCUCUCUGCAGAAGAGCAAAGAUAACCGGGUAACUGUGGAAUUUCAUAACAAUCAGCCUGGCAGGCCAAAGGUGGCAUUUGAGGGAAGGCAAGAAGAGUACAAGGAUAAUGAUGGUGUCUUGUUUUUUGAUGGUGAGACCUUUUGCCUGGGACGAUUUCACCGGGCAGUCAAGAGAUUAAGGCAUGUCCAGGUUCCGGGAGAGUCUGUAGUAAGUUCCUUGGCAGCUACAACUACUAGAAUGGGUGAAUCUCAUUCUCCUCCAUUAGCGAAAGUUGGCAAGUUGCCUGCAACAAACAAACCUUCUAUACACUCAGUUCUGACAUGGGAAGAAGAGGACAUGAGACAAUAG